GUUUAAUUUGAAGCUUUUUUCAAGCUUUUGAAUUUUUAUUCUCCUUUAAAUAUUUAAUGCAAGUUCAUUUCCAAUCAUAUUUCAGUUUCAAAGUUAGACAUGAUAAAGUGACAAAAUAGACUAAAGCCAUUUUUGGUAAGUUUAAUAAUCGACAAAUGGAAAUGCAGGUUACCAGUAAACAAAUCAGGUUGAACUUGAAUUUCACUUGUGAGUAUAACUCAACUAUGAAAUGCUAUUACUAAACAGUUUUACUGAAUUGUAUUACUGAUUUGUAUUACUUUAUUGUAUUGAAAUGGUUUACAUUUUGAUGAAGACUGAACAUAGAUGCAGAGAGUGUAAAUGAUGAAAGUAGUUUUUGUGUAUAGGGAAGAUGAAGAUGGAUGGUGAGUGAGAUGCGUAAGGCAAUGGGAUGAUGAUGAGGAAUAGAAGAAGAAGAAAAUAGAAUGUUGAAAAGAAUGUUGGAAGAAAGGCAGAAAUGAUACGGAUGAGGUAAAAAUGAUGUUCAUGAUGAGAAAGAGAAUGGAAUAGAGCACAAAAUAGAGAUUUUACUUUUUACCUUCUCAAAUUUAACAAGUGAAAAAUAUGACAUUUUUGAAUCAGCCGUUUAUGCUUAAAUAAUAGAUAUCUUUUAACAGUAAAUCAGUUGAACAAAAAUAAUGGAUAAACCUUUAACCUGUUCAACUGUUAAUCAACUAGGAUAAAUUUGUUAUAAUGUAACCAUUUUGUUUCAUGUAUAAAUAUCACUUGAUCAAGUAUGUAAACUAAUGGGAACAAUGUCAACCUUCAAUGUAUUUCAAUGUACCUUUUUUUAAUCUUAUAACCUUGUUGUCUAAUUUUUACCUUUAGGCCUUGUUGCCUUGUUUUUUUGCUGCUGACAGUUUUUACUGGUUUUUACAAUCAGUUAAUUAACAGUGUUAACCUUAAUUAGUUUAGUCAAUACGCAACUCUGUCUGUGUUUUUUCCCAGUAAUUUGUGCUUCUUUUAAAAAAUGAUGUCUCCAUAAAAUUGUUUCAACCAUUAAUCAUCAACGGAAAAAUGACUAAUGUUUUCAUUUAAGUGUCUCAUUUGUCUUCUUCUUGGUCUCUUCUGACACCACUUUUUAACCUUCUCUUUGUUCAAUCUGUUUUCACUUGUCAACAUUAUUGAUAAUUUACUCUGCCAAUUGUUGCACUCAUUUAAAUUGUGAUUAAAUGUAGUUAAUUGGCGAUGAAAGGUCCAAUUUGUGUCUACAUGUUUGUUAUUUAUCAACGAAAAUCAAUCGACUGAUGAAACAGCAAAACCAUUGCUUCCAAGUCUUAUCCUAUGUUUGGCGUUUCCUUUGGUUCAUCCGUUUCUUUCAUCAAGUUACAGUUAUUGUUACCUGAUAAACACUAGUUAUUAUCAUCACUAUUAAUACCAAUUAUAAUAUUAAUACCAACUUCAAAAGUUAAUCAUUACUGUGCGAUCAACUGAGAUUAUUGCUGUUUACCCUUUGACGUUUCUUUGUCCUGUUCAGUUGAUAUUUUUUGCUGUUAUAAAGACAAAAGGCCUGACAAGAUUGUGAUAAUAUCAUCCUAAUGAAUCUACUUUACCUGUUUCAAUGUUACUUUAUAUCUCUACCUUGUUAAGAAACACAAAGUGAUGGAAAUAAUUCGAUUGUGAACAUUAAUCAAUUUACCUUUUCUCACCUUUAAAGGGAUAAUCUGUAAAGGAUUAAAGACACCUUUAUUUAACUCCAUUUCUCUUGCAAUUCUUUUUGAUAUUUUUCUCUUGUUUUCACUUAUCAUCAUCUUUUUUUACACCUAAAUGAAGUCUACCAUUGCUACUUAUCGUCAUUACUUUUCUCAUAUUGAAAAUGAUAAAGAGCCAAGCUAUGAUGAAAAAGGGACAAAGAUUGGAUGAAGAGUCUAACAAGAUUGAAUUAAAAAACGAAGAAAUGAUGAGAAAAGUUUCCAGGAAUAACAAAGAUAAAAGGUAAAAGCAGCUGUUUACCGUAAUAGCAAGAGUAAUGGCGACGAUCAAGGAAAUCAAAAGAUGAUGGUGAACACAACUUUUAAUAUGAUUGCAUCCAAUCCAUUGACCACUGAUUGAUAAUCGACUAAUCAAUCAAUAAUCUAAAUCCCUUUUUUUAAUUUCAAUGGAAUCCAUAUCACUAUUUAUUUUAUAUCAAACUCAUUGACCGCUGUUUCUAGUUCAACUGUCCACUCUACCUCUACAGUUUGGAUAUUCAGUGAAAGUGUUAUGUGUUUGUGAUCCAAGUGUUAUUUAAAUAACGUUAUUACAUUAAUUAGUGUAAACUGUUUGUUUCAUUGUUCCUACUGGAUUGUUGAUCGACUGUGUCAAUUGUGAAAUUAUAUUUCAUCUUGUAUUUUUGCUUAAAACUAAUGCGCCUCUCAAUAUCUGCAAUAAUGAAGCAAUUAAUAGUUAUUUUGGUGAUUCUCUUGGCUUCAUAUGUUCAUCUAUUUCAAAUUUACUGUAUAUCUAUGGUAUCCAAUUCGGAUCCUCCAUGUUUCUUCAAUGAACUUUGCUCCUGUUCUAAGCCCGUCAACGACCUGGGCCAUGUUCAAUGUGUCAACGUUCCAUUAUCAGUAAUUCCCGAAGCAAUUAACCAAUCGUACGUCUACACUCUUUCCUUUCGAUCAAAUGGAUUACGUUACAUUGAACCUCGAUCAUUUUAUGGAACUGGAUUAAAAGGAAUUGAAAUCUCACACAAUUUAAUCAAUCGCCUUGAAACUGAUACCUUUGUAGGUCUUGAAACCUCAAUACGUGAACUCAACCUAAGAUCAAACCGAUUAACCUCAGUUCCAGGUCAAGCAUUAACUCGGCUGGUUCGCCUUCAAAUUUUAAACCUUUCGGGUAACCAUAUUCGUGAAAUCAAUACAGAUUCAGAUUUUCCCGUCAACCUUAAUGGAUCUCUUAAAGUGCUUUUACUAGCGUCUAAUGGACUAACUUCAAUUGGUCAAUAUGCAUUCCGUCAUGUUCGCUCUCUAGAGACUCUUGAUUUGUCCGGCAACAACAUUCAUUUCAUCAACCAAGCAGCAUUUGCAAUUCAACCUUCAACUUAUCCAUCUCAGUCGUCUCACCAUCAAUCAGGCUCAGGCUAUUCUAGAUUUCGAUCUCGUUCACAAAAAGAAUCUCUUGUUGCUUUAAAAUAUCUAAAUUUGGCUUAUAACCGUUUAAACAAGAUUCCCUUUGAUUUGUUAACCAAUCUAACCUUGUUAACAACUCUAAAUUUGGCCUCCAAUUUAAUAACAACAACCUAUGAACCAACAGUACCUCGUCGUCUUAUAUCAUUGGAUGUGCUUGAUCUAUCUGAUAAUCUUAUUGAGAUUUUGCCUGAAUCAGCUUUCCGUAAUUUCGAUAAAAUAAACAUCACCCGAUUAUCUCGAAAUCCCCUUUAUCGUAUUGAAAAAGGCGCCUUUUCCCAUUCCGUUAUGGUUCAUCUUCACCUUGACCAUUGUGAACUGGUUAACAUUUCCCGAGAAGCCUGGGCUGGUUUAGAGACUCAUCUAAGAACUCUCGAUCUUUCGGAUAACGCUCUUCGUGGAGAUGCUCGGACUGGUUCAUUGUUUGUCAAUGAUUCCUUUAACCGGCUUGAAGCAUUGAAAAUGUUCAACCUCAACGAUAAUGCUGAAUCAUAUCGACUAUCACCAUUGAGCUUAAUUCAAUCCCAAGAAUCUUUACAAACUUUGAAUCUUGGAGGUUUACCCAGUUUUCAACGUCUUCCCUUCAGUCCAAACAAAUAUGCAAUGCAAUUUGUAAACAUUCGAACCUUGACGCUGGCACGAACUCACAUUGAUAGAAGGUUAAUUAGUCAAGAUUUAUUGGGAUAUGGUGGUUACAAUUUAGAAGAACUAGAUUUUUCUUCAUCGUCAAUUGAAGAUAUUUCCUGGGAUGCAUUCAUGUUCUCACCAUCUCUUAAGCUUCUCAAUCUUUCAUCAAAUUACAUUCGUCGUCUUGAUACCCAAACAUUUAGACCUUUGGGCCGUUCUCUUGAGGUUCUUGAUCUUACCUCAGGUCUAUCAACAUCAACCCUUUCCUGUGAUAUAUUUAUCCAUACACUGGAAUCAUUGAGGUCACUUUACCUUGCUGACAACGGUCUAUCAGCACUUUCAUCACCUCACUGUUUCUCUGGUUUAAGAUCACUUAACCUGCUGUCUCUUGAAUACAACAAUUUAUCUCGUCUUCCAGCCUCACUUUUUCAUCCUCUCACCUCAAUUGUUCACCUUUUACUAUCCUUUAAUCGUCUCACCAUAAUUGAAUCGGAAACGUUUAAAAUGAUGGAUAAAUUAGUUUACCUUGAUCUUUCCUACAAUUCAAUUACAACCCUUCGAUCAGGUUCUUUCACCGAGUUAACUUUGAUUACUGAAAUCAACUUAGAAGGCAACAACAUUGAAACAAUUGAGAAAGAUUCAUUUGUUAUUCUACCUCGCCUGGCUCGACUCAAUUUAUCCUUUAAUCGUCUUAAGAAACUGUCUUUUGAUUGUUUCGAUCAAAUUGGUGCAAUGACAACCCUGACCCUUGAUUUACACGGCAAUUCAAUAGAUUUAUCAUCUACCUCAACAACAUCACUUACGCCUGAUAAAAGCUCCUUUUACCAGCGUUCACCUUACGAGCAACAUCACCAACCGCCAUAUCAUUACAAUCAACGAACAACUGCUAACUCGGUUGAAAUUGUCAACUUGAUUGGUAACAACAUCACCUCACUAAAUUCAUCUCACUUUGAAUCGAUUCGGAAUACAUUGACUCACCUACUCCUCGAUAACAACAAAUUAACUCGAUUAGGUUGGGAAACUGUUUCAGGCUAUCGGCGAUUACAAAAGCUAUCAAUUCGUUCCAAUGCUUUAUCAACCAUUGCUUCAGAUGCAUUCAAAGGUGAACCAAACCUACAAAUAGUUGAUCUCUCCUGGAACCGUUUAAUUGAACUUCCAUCCGAACUGUUUCAUGAUAAUAUUAACCUUCGGAUUCUCCAUCUAACAGGAAAUGAGUUGACUUUGUUACCUGAAAAUUUGCUUAAUCCAACUGUACAUCUUGAAAAGCUGGACAUUUCCUACAACAGAUUAACUCUUUUCCCUUCUAAAGCCUUAAAGCCAGUUUCGAGUUCACUUCGCAGUCUAAUCUUAACUGGUAAUCAACUUUGGUCUCUUCGUCGAGAAGAUUUUGAAGGAAUCUUGCCUCGUCUAUUAAACCUUGAUCUAUCGGGAAACCAUAUUAAACAAAUCCAGUCUUCAUGUUUAACUCCUUUAACAUCAUUGAUUUCAUUAAAUUUGGCUGAUAAUCCAUUGAAAUUGAUUCGUGAUAAUCUAUUGAAAACCCUUUCUGCAACCCUUGAAGAGUUGAACUUAUCCAACACUCGUCUAACCGAGUUACCAGAUUUAAGUUACAUGGAUUCACUAAUCAGCCUAAAUUUAUCGGUCAACAAGCUUUCUGGUUUAACCUUUACCAAUUAUACAUCACUAAUCAACCUAGAUUUAUCGCAAAAUGCAUUCACUUCGAUUCCAAAUAAUGUUUGGCAUUUUCUUCCAUCACUUCAAUCGUUAUCCAUCUCAUCCAAUCCAAUCUCAUUUCUUCACAAUGAUUCAUUUAUUGGUUUAAAAUCACUGGAAUCACUUGAGAUUGCAAAUUUAUCUCUCAAUUACAUUCAAUACGGUGUUUUACGGCCACUGUCAUCUCUUUCAUCCAUUAAAUUAUCAAACUAUCCGUCCAUCAAAUCAUUUACAUUGGCCCGACUAAUUGGACCUCUUGAUAGCCUACAAAGGUUAUCCAUUGUUGUAGUUAAUUCAUCCUAUUUACCUUCAAAUUUAAUCCGUUUACCAGGUUCAUCCAAUCAUCCGAUUCACCCUAUUGACCUGACAUCUUCCUUGCAAUCAACAACAUCAUUAUCAUCAUCACCAUCGUCACCUUUCCCAUCUAUAUUUUCAUCAUUUACCAAUGCUAAUCAAUUACCCAAAAAAUUGACCCAAGUGUCAAUUGAAGGUUCAUCUUUAAUCAAUUUGGAUGAUUCCAUCUUAUCAACACUCACAUCAACCCGAUUAACUUUAACAAUUGGCUCAACCAAUCUAUCAACAAUCCCUUUAUCAUUAUUUAAUUCCCUUGGACGAACCCGAACAAUUUAUCUUGAUGUUCGCAAUAAUGCUCUUCAACGGAUUGGAGACUUGCUUUUUACACCAACUGCUUUUUCAAAGGCAAGAUCAUUGGACCUUAAAGGUUUCUAUGGUUCAUCUAAUCCAUGGAUAUGUGAUUGUAAAUUGGCCUGGCUUCGAGAUUGGUCCAAACAAUUGAUGAAGGAAUCGUUUGAAUUGAUGGUUGAAUCUCAUUCAUUAAUACCUGAUCACAAUCACAAUGACAGUUUGGUUGCCAUUGAAGACAGAUAUCAUCAAGUAAUGUCAAUGUUGGCUGAUUUAAGGUCAACCCAAUGUGCUAAUUUGGGUAAAUCAAUGUUAAAAGCUUUCACAGAGGAACUCAGAGGUUGCCGCAGAGGACGAAGUUUAUCAAUUAAUUUAAAAUCAUCUUAUGCUCAAAUUUAUUUAACCAUUGUAAUCAAUUAUGCUCUCUCCUCACUAUUAUCAACAGUGUUAACUAAGUGAAAUUAAUAAAUUAUCAAAUGAACCAACAAAACCAUCAAAUGGAUAGGAAACAAGGAAAAACCCAAAAGCAAUGGAAUACAAGAAAAUUGAAACAAAUUCAAAUCGUAACAGUUUAAAAUUAGUGAUUAAAUGCAAACUCAAUUGGACUCAAUGGGACUCAAUAUGAUAUUUAACAAUAGAGAUUCAAAGGUUGGAAAUAUUGGCAAAUCAAAUCUAAUUUUAAUCUUCACAUUCAUUGUCAAUUUUGACCUGAACUGGAAUCACCCAAAUCAACUUUUCACAUUCACAAUAAUUAUACAUUCAAAAACUCACCUUGGACCUGGCUUUCAAUUUACCCAAAUAUUUGCUCUAAUAUAAUAAUUGCCAAUUUUAAUCUCAAUGGCCUAAGGUCAUCAUCAUCUUCAACUUGUCACUGCCUCAAUAUAAAUUAUCAAGCGUUAGGUACAAUAAUGUUCAAUUGUUUCUUUUAAAAUUACAAUUCUAGUUCAUUUUCGUUUUAUUUAUUUCAUUCUGUCUUUUCUCAACUCUUUACUUUUCAUUGAUUCCGUCCAUGCAACAAAUAUAAAAUUAUAAAUCAGUGAUUUAAUGGAGCCCAUUUCAAUGUACUGUUGACAAUUUGAACAUUGAUAAAUGUUAUAAAAUUGCUAAACUGUAAGAAAUAAAAGAAGCUU